UCAUCCCAUACCAAAAAACUAAAUUCAGUUGACGAAAAAAGAACUGAGUUGAGUUUCUUAGAGGAGGAGAUAUCAUAAGUUUGGGAAGCACCAUGACUUCUCUCGCAUUUGUAGCUUUCAUCAGUCUUUUCUCAAUAGCAACAACCAUUGGAGAAGCUGCAAGGAAAGACCCGGGAGAGUACUGGGUGUCAGUGAUGGAGGAGGAGCCGAUGCCUGAAGUCAUCAAAGGACUCAUCGGUGCUCUUGACUCGCGAGUCGAAGAAGAUCUUCCUCAUGAUCAUUCCCAUACGCGUCAUAGCCACAAGAUGACCAAAAACUGUGAGACUGAAACCUCUGGUGAUCGCAAGGAGAAGAAGCCCUAUGCCAAGGAAAUCGAGCCCAGGCCCAACCUAUCAGCUUAUGGGGACGACAAAGUUAAACUAGCUGGACACGAUGAGGAGGAGAAAAAGAAGUUCACUGAUGAGUUUGAGCCAAGGCCCAACCUAUCAGCAUAUGGCGACGAUAGCACCGAGGCCGAAGAGAAGGAGAAGAAGAAGUUCACCGAUGACUUUGAGCCUAGGCCCAACUUAUCAGCAUAUGGGGACGAUAGCACCAAGGUUGAAGAGAAGGAGAAGAAGAGGUUCACAGAUGACUUUGAGCCUAGGCCCAACUUAUCAGCAUACGGGGACGAUAGCACCAAGGCUGAGCUGAAGAAGAAGAAGAAGAAGUUCACAGAUGACUUCGAGCCUAGGCCUAACCUAUCGGCAUAUGGUGACGAUAGCACCAAGGGUGAAGAGAAGCAAAAGAAGAAGUUCACAGAUGACUUUGAGCCUAGGCGCAACAUAUCGGCACACAACGACAAUAGCAAUAAGACUGAAGAGAAGGAGAAGAAGAAGCUAACCAAUGACUUCGAGGCCAGGGCAACUGUUUCGGCUUAUGGUGACGACCACGUCAAGCUGAGCAAAGAGGCAAAGAAGAAGCUAACUGAUGACUUCAAGCCGAGGCCCAGCACCACUGAUUAUAGAGGUAAAGAAAAAGAGGAGAAACCAUUCGCAGGAGAUUUCGAGCUGAGGCCUAAUGUGUCGGUCUACCAAAGCUAAAUUAAUCAGCGACUAGACUACAGAUGUACGCAAGUCUAGAAUGAUCGAGUCCGAUAAUAUAGUAUUGUACGAGAAGCAAGAAUAAGCGUUGAGAGUGUGCUCUCUUGUGAAUAGCAGUGUUAUCAUCUCAUGUGUAUGUCUACUUGCGAACGUACCCAUCUCAACGUCAUAGUAAUGGUAUGUGUUUUACCUGGUAUUUUGAAUUUAGCUUUUUCUCUUUUUUACUUAAGAGUAUUUUGGUCGUCAGUCGUCUGUCUUAUUAGAAAA